GUUUUCCUCUUUUCUUUGAGAGGGCUAAAACCCUAAUAUAUCCCUCUCAUUGACUAAAGAGUUAAGCCUACACUAUCUACUUUGGAAGCAAAUUUCAAAGGUAAGAAAAAAGCCCUUGAAAGAGGAAGAAAGAUACACUUAGAUCCUCAAAGAACCUAAAGAUCUAAAGGCAGGUAUAAGAAACCAGAAAAGAAAUGGCGUCGUCGUCAUCAAACACAUACAACUCACCAUGUGCGGCGUGCAAGUUUCUUCGCCGGAAAUGCAUGCCGGGAUGCAUAUUCGCGCCAUAUUUCCCACCGGAGGAGCCACACAAAUUCGCCAACGUCCACAAGAUCUUCGGAGCAAGUAACGUCACUAAGCUCCUCAACGAGCUCCUCCCUCACCAGCGUGAAGACGCAGUCAACUCCUUAGCCUAUGAGGCUGAGGCACGUGUCCGUGAUCCCGUCUAUGGCUGCGUCGGAGCCAUCUCUUAUCUCCAGAGACAAGUCCAUAGGCUUCAGAAGGAGCUCGACGCGGCUAAUGCUGACUUGGCUCAUUAUGGUUUGUCCACGUCAACACCUGCCGGCAACGUCGUCGACUUGGUGUUUCAGCCUCAGCCGCUUCCGCCGCAGCAGACGCAGCCGUUGAAUCCGGUUUAUAGACUUUCAGGGGCGAGUCCGGUAAUGACUCAGUUGCCACGUGGCAACGGAGGAUCUUAUGGGACUUUUCUUCCUUGGAACAAUGGUCAUGAUCAGCAAGGAGGUAACAUGUGAUCAGAGUAUAUAAAUUAUGUGUGCUCCAUCGAUUCAUCUCUCUCUCUCUCUUUCUUUAUUUAUGUGUGUAUGUGGAAUGUGGUACGAAUACUUUAUAAUA